AUGGCGUUCACGAGACACUUAGUAGCAGUCAGGAGACAGCUGGAGGUGUACCUACGGCAGCGCAAGGGGGACGAGGACGGGCGCGGCGGCGACUCCUCGGGACUCUCGCCAAAGGACGUCGAUACAGAUUCUUUUCUCAUGUUUCUCGGUCGCUCUCACCCCCACAUUGUUCGCCUCAGGCGUCGCAUGCUAGACAAGCUUUUGGAGACGGCGAAGGCAGAACUGUCUAAGGAUCAGACUCCGAAUUCCGUGUCCUCUCGCGCCUCGCCGCUUUCGGGAAAUCCGUCUCCGUCCGUUUCGCCCUACUCUCAGAAAACUUCGGCCGCGAAUACGCUUUCUGGGAAAAAGGCCGAAACCAAGAGAACCGACGGAAAUCUCGCCCUUUCUUCGGCUGCCUGGACAGCCGGGAGCCCAGCGGUGGACGCGAGCGACGGGACGGACUCCGACAGUCAGGCGUCUCAGAUCGGCAGCGAAGACGCUUCCUUCCUGUCUUCGGAACCCAUCUCUGGCGUGGAGGUGAUCCACGAUGACGACAGCUCCGACAGCGACGCAAAGCCGGCAGGCCGGAACUUGUCUCUGGAAGAAGACGCACCCGCCGUGCACCCUGCGACAAGCCAAGCUGCCCUCUCCACCGAUUCGAAAGUCGCGGGCAAAGCGAGUGCGAAUCGUUCCCAAGCUCCGGCGCCACCGGUCAGCCGUCCGAAUAAGCAGCCACGAGAGAAAGCGCGUCGCGGGAACGCGGAAGGCGAAGACGAAGAGGGCGAGGACGGAGAGAGACGACAGGCGAUUCCCCCGGGAUCCUCUGGGCCUUUCUCGGCCUCCGCAGGUCGCGAGCGCAUCCCCUUAAACACAUCGCUGAACUCUCUGUAUCGCUCACACGCGUUGGAAAGCCAGGAUGCUAGUGGCAGGCGGGAGAGAGGAACCGCCAGUGAGACAGCUCCACCUCACGGAGGACAGAACACCAGGCAACGCGACAAGCGCGAGAGAGGACGAGAACCUCAGGGUACCGGCAGAGGCCAUGGCGAGCGCUCCAGCGGCAGACUGAGCUCAGAUCAGCCUAUAACGGACACGGCGAAGAAGCGCAAACGACGGCGAUCUCCUUCUCUUCGCCCUUCUAUCUCUUCUCCCUCUGUUCCCCCUUCUCCCAGCGACGUCGCUCCAGUGGCUGCCCCAGCCGACCGACUGCGAGACUGUGCGGGGCUCUCGGAGGCCCUGUGCCACAAGAUUGAAGAAUCCGUUCUUCUCCCUCUUGUGCUAAAUUCCCUCUUUGAGAAAGCGCCGAAAGCUGGGGCUAGCCAGGCGGCCAGAGCGGCGUGGGAGAGGAGAGACGAGGCGGGCGACGCCCCCUCUUCGCACGCCACAGAGAGUGGCGACUGCGAAAGAGAAGAGAGUGCAGUUCUCACAGAAGCAGAAAGGACGCGGGUGGGCAACGAUGCCAUCGACAAACACCCUCGUGGACAGGGGGAUCGCCUUGGUGCCCAUACGUCGUCGGUUGCUCUGUCUCCUCCGCCAGAGGUGUUCAGCGGCCUUCACUUUUCGCGCGGUGUUGUUAUUCACGGCCCGGCAGGUGUCGGGAAGACGAAGCUGGCCUUUGCCAUAGCGGGUGAACUCUGCCGUCUUCGCAACUUCUCCUUCUUCCCGAUUUCGCUCUCUUCCCUCGUCCAGAAUCUCCCUCCGUUUCUCUCGAACGCGUCUACUCCGUCUCCAAACCCCCGUGAUGCUUCGCUGUCUGCCGCUGCAUCGGCUUCUUCCGCCGCCUCUCCGUCGGUUGCGCCCGCGGUCCAAACGGGCCCCCUGACGCCGGCAAGCAGUGAAGAGGUGCUUUCUUUGAUGUUUGAGAGUGCCAAGAACCACGCGCCGUCUCUGCUUUUGCUCGAGGACAUCGCCGUCCUGUCGUCUCGGAAAGGAGCGCUCAAAGGAAAAGACGGCCGAGAAGGCGGCGGGAGCGGCGGCGGAACUGGAGACGAGGAGAGCGACAGCCCGCUGGUCCGCGCCCUCGCGAGAGAGAUGGACGCGCUUACAGGCUUCGAUGUCAUGGUUAUAGCCACAUGCAGCCACAUUGACAGUCUCGAUUCGUCUCUUCGACGCAGUGGGCGAUUCGACGCGGAAAUCAGCAUCCCUCUUCCCGGUUUUGAGGAGCGGCGGGAAAUCCUUCAGUCGCUGACCUGCUCUCUUUCCCUCUCUCCUAGCGUCGAUCUGAACGCGCUGGCAGACCGAACUGUGGGCUAUGUCGCCGCUGACCUCCAUAGCCUCGUGAAAGAAACAGUCUACCACGCCGUUAUGCGCAGUGUGGGGAGGCGGCGAAGGGACAGGGAACAGGCGGCAGCGGUGGGGCGAAGCGGGGCAGGAAGGAGUGAAGAUGAUCCAGAGAUAAACAUGAAGGGAGAACAAAGGGGAGAAAGAGACGGGACGGCGGAAAGGAAAGGUGAAGCAACAGCAAUGGCGGAUUGUUCACAUGGCGACGGUCAGUGCCGUGUUUCCAAUGGGGCCAACCAGGCCGAGGUGGGGAAUGAAGAGGGGAAGAAUGAGGCAGAAAACAUCUCGGACCUACAGCACGGUCGAAGAGAGAAUGGGUCUGCGACGCCUUCACACUGCCUUUCGCCUUCUUUCCGGCCUUUCCCUGCAUUCGAUGAAAUUUUGAAAGACGUCGCUUCCAUGCGUCAGCCAGACCGGGCUCUCCUCUUUUCCGGUCACAGCACGCUCAGCUGCCCAGCCAGCAAUGACGCUCGAGCAGUUCACGCUUCUCCAGAGUCCUCUUCCUUUUCUUGUACGACCGGCAACGCGAUUUCGAGCCCCGAUCUGAGAGGGGAGGACUUUGCUCAGGCACUCGUUUCCUUCACGCCUUCGUACAAGAAAACGGGAGCGUUUCUGCCGCGUCCGAAUGUGCGCUGGAAUGAGGUUGGCGGACUGCAUGAGGCCAAGCAGGAAGUGGAGGAACGGAUUCUUUUCCCCCUGAGUUUCGCCGAUUUCUACGGGCGUAUGGGGGUUCGUAAACCUACGGGUAUUCUGUUGUACGGCCCUCCAGGGUGUGGAAAGACAUUCCUCGCGAAGGCCCUCGCAAACGCGUGCCAAGCGAAUUUCAUUGCCGUCAAAGGGCCUGAACUUCUGUCGAAGUACGUUGGAGACAGUGAAGCAGCUCUGCGGCGUCUUUUCAGUCGGGCUUCCUUUUUUUCUCCCUCGCUGAUUUUCUUUGACGAAAUUGACGCUCUCUGUGGCAGCCGAAGCACGGGGGGAAAGGGGGAGGGCGGCAACAAAGUGGAGGAGCGGGUGAUUGCUCAGCUUCUUACAGAGCUCGACGGUAUCAACGAUCGCGGUAAAGUUUAUGUUGUGGCAGCAACAAAUCGCCCGGAUAUUCUCGAUCCUGCCCUGCUUCGACCGGGCCGACUUGAAGUCCGGGUGUACGUCCACCUCCCGGAUCAGCAAGAGCGCGCAGAAAUCCUUCGAAAAGGCUGGCGAAGGCUACGACGAGAACGAAAGGAGGAAAGGAAUAAGAGGCUUCACAUGUCAGCAGAUGGGAUCCAAGCGGAACGGGGACCUGGAGAAAAUGACGAACUGGAAGAAAACGAUCUCGAUUUCGACGCUAUCGCACGCGCGACUGACAGAGGCUGGGCCAGGGAUGCUCUGUUCACGGCGGUGUUUGUUGUUGAUGCAGGAGGUACGGGCUGA